AUGGGAGUCCACCCUGAGGAGACUCAGGAGACUUGUUCAAGGGUCCAGACCCUGUUUAAGAGGGUCAAGGCCUUAUUUGAAAAAGCCUCGCCCCCCCCACCUCCACUCCCACCCCCACCUACAUCCUGGAACCUGGGGUGCACACACGUGUAUGAGUAUGUGUUCGGACACAUGAGUGAUCACUCAGCGCAGCAGGUGCUGGACACAGGGGAGCAGCUGAUGGUCCCUGUAGAUGUUCUAGGACAGGGGAACGAAGGGGCCCUCUGGAAGUUUCUGCUCUCGGGAGCCAUGGCCGGGGCAGUGUCUCGAACAGGCACAGCUCCUCUGGACCGAGCCAGGGUGUACAUGCAGGUUUACUCAUCCAAGGCUAACUUCAUGAACCUGCUGACUGGGCUCCGAAGCCUGGUCCAGGAAGGUGGUGUGCGCUCGCUCUGGCGAGGUAACGGCAUUAACGUGCUCAAGAUUGCCCCAGAGUACGCCAUCAAGUUCUCGGUCUUGGAACAGUGUAAGAAUUUCUUCUGUGGAGUUCACGGGUCCCCACCCUUCCAGGAGCGGCUCCUUGCAGGCUCCCUGGCUGUGGCCAUCUCCCAGACGCUCAUCAACCCCAUGGAGGUACUCAAGACUCGGCUGACCCUGCGCCACACAGGCCAGUAUAAAGGGCUCCUGGACUGUGCCCGACAGAUCCUGGAGCAAGAUGGCACCCGAGCCCUUUAUCGAGGCUACCUGCCCAACAUGCUGGGCAUCAUCCCUUAUGCCUGCACAGACCUGGCUGUCUAUGAGCUGCUCCAGUACUUGUGGCAAAAGUUGGGCAGGGACAUGAAGGACCCCACUGGUGUCGUCAGCCUGUCAUCUGUGACACUCUCCACAACCUGUGGUCAGAUGGCCAGCUACCCACUAACGUUGGUGCGCACACGGAUGCAGGCACAAGACACAGUGGAAGGCUCCAACCCCACCAUGCUGGGAGUCUUCAGGGGGAUCCUGAGUCAGCAGGGCUGCCCCGGCCUGUACCGAGGCAUGACGCCCACCCUACUGAAGGUUUUGCCAGCAGGUGGCAUCAGCUACCUGGUGUACGAAGCCAUGAAGAAAACACUGGGUGUGCAAGCCUUGAACCGAUGACAUGCCGGAACAGCAAGGGACUGGCAGACCCUGUGUCUUGGGUCUCAAA